ACCACUUUAAUCAUUGCCAGUAAGACAGCCAUACAGCACAUAUCAGAGUCAGUAUUUGUGGGUCUGUGUCAUAAAGUGGGGACCUCACAACUGGUGGCCAUGAGGAGAGAUGUGGUGGACAUCAAGGAUAUGGUGAAUAAUCAAAUGAAAACAAGUGAUGAGGUCAGUGAGAUGUGGAGUGGAAGUACCAGAGAAGGAUUUAGGCUUGAAGGAUCUGAUGUAGACGUUAUGUUCUGGCCUAAUAAUCACCGUGUGAUCUGGGAAUUAUCUCAGUCUCAGUAUUACAACACACACAGACAAACACUGAUCCUCUGUGACUGUUCUGAUAGUCCACCAGGAUUUACUUUGUUAUAUUUACUGUCACCAAGCAUGGACAGAGACAUUCAGAGAGCUUGUAGAGCUUGUGUUAGAAUGAAUAACAGAUAUUAUAUAUCUAGUUCUAUAUACAGAGAGAUCACAUGUUCAGAGUUCACUCCACAUGGACCCUGUGCUAGUGGAACAAUUGGAACGCAAGAUUUUGAUUACACUUACUGUUUUGUUUGUGACUUUUGGCCUCCAUCUGCCUCCUCAUGGAUAGACAGAUGUCACUCAUGGCCCCAGCCUCAUGUUGUUAAUGAUAUAGUAAAAGAUGGAUGUCACUUUGUAGCAAUUGGACAUAAGCUAGGAAGUCAUGAAGACCAUGAAUGGAGAAUUUCUUUCUCCGAAGCAGAAAAAAAACUAGUGUGUAUAAUGAACCACUGUCAAUUCUUAACUUAUGCUUUACUUAAAUUGUUCUUAACAGAAAUAAUUAACAAUGGACUAGAUGAUGAUGAUAAAUUACUGUGUUCCUAUCACAUGAAGACUGCAGUUUUCUGGGUGAUUCAACAAAAUACAAUACCUCACUGGUGUCCACAAAAUCUCCUGGGGGGUUUCUGGGUCUGUUUUAAACUCAUUCUCAGAUGGGUGUAUGAGGGGGUCUGUCCCAACUUUUUCAUUCCAGAUAACAACAUGUUUCUGAGUAAAAUUCAUGGCGACAAACAACAUCAAUUAUUUAUGAGACUGUAUGGGAUGUAUGAGAAGGGUUUAGCAUUCCUGCUUCACAGUCCUUCCAUUAGGUCUUAUAUUAUAAAUGUCCUUAAUAACCCCAGACUCUCCAUCUGUACAGAUGAACAUACUCUGAUUUCUGAGAUUGAGUUUGAUGUAAAUCUAUAUAUGGAAAUACAACACAAUGACACAUUAUACAAUUUGAACAAACAAAGCAGUAUGAGGUGUCCACAUAUAACAGAACAGAUGAUAGGUUCAACCCUCCUGACACAGCAUCAAGUCCUUAUGCUACAGAAACUUACAACUUAUGUCCUUCAGAAAACUGCUUUUAUAUUACACAUGGAAACUUACACACAUAAAAACAAACUAAGGUAUAGAGCUGACAAAAUCUCCUGUCACAUGCUGAAAUUAGCAGCCAAGUUUGGUUAUAUUACUGACAUGAUGUACAUAGCUAUGUAUUUUUACAAGAUACUUAGAUACAUGGAUGCUUUAUCUAUUAUAGAGAUGAUCAAGGUCAAGUUAGCACAGCCAUAUGUGAUGUAUUAUAGGUUCAAUGUAGAUACAGAGAGGUAUACUGAGGCUGUACGGGGACAGUCCUGGUCUACAAAGAUGACUCAGGCUGUAGCAUGGGAUAUUAUACUUGAUAAUAGAAUCCAUUACAUCAGUGAACUGAUACCAGAACAACAGUUUGCACUACAGAACAGUUUCCCUGCAUUAUUUAUCCCAUCUUUGAUACUGCUAUACAUGCUAGAGAUCUUGUGCUACAGACAUGUAGACAUAAUGAGAGUACAAACAGCUCUAGAUGAUCUACAGACCCUAGUUCACUAUGAUCAGGGACAGUUUAUACCUUUAAUACUCAGAGACAUAUCCUGGCAGAUUCUGGGGAUCUGUCAACAGUUGACAGGGAACCUCCAGGCUGCUCUAUACUCAUACCAACAAUCUCUCCGACAAGAACUGUUCAACAAAAUACACACAGCUACAGAAAUGAGAAUACAGGGAAUUUGUCAAUAGAAUCCCUCAUUAACUUAAAUAUCAGACAUUUGUAGUUCACCUGAUAGAGUUUAUCAUUUACUAACAUAUUUCUUCUGAUUUCAGAUUUUCUUUGUCAGUCUUUUUUUUUAUUAUUAUACAGCCAUUAAACAGUCUA